GUGAAGGUGGGCGCGCCCACACUCACAGGCAUCAGUGAGUGUGUGUAUGAGUUCACCUGGGCCACUCCCCUGGCGUGUGGGGCGACUGAGAAUGCUGAGUGUGUGGCUGUUAAUGAGGUAACUGGGGCUAAGUAUGACCUCUCUCUCUUGCGAGAUGUCCGCUUUGAUUGGGUGGGACAGAAACGCAACGCACUCACGAACACAGAUGAGAUAGUGCAUCUGGCUGUUUGCAG